AAAUAAAUACUCUGGAUUUCAGCUCUGAAAUCCUUGGUUUUUUCGUUACCCAUGGAAUUCGAUUUUUUGUUCGUUGGUUUUUAAUUUGUUCGAAAAACUUUGUCAAUUGGCUGGCCUGUAGAUUUUAAUCUUUUGUUACGCAGUCUGUGAAUUUCGAGCCUAAACCCCACAGGUUGAGCGAGUGAUCCAAUUGAAUACGGAGUCACAUAAUGGAAGAAGCUGACACCAUGAACACGUUAAAAAGGUAUGCAGUUGUGACAGGAGGCAACAAAGGGAUAGGGUUUGAAAUAUGCCGGCAAUUAGCUAGUGAUGGUGUUGUGGUGGUUUUGACCGCCAGAAGUGAAAAAAGAGGAACUGAAGCCGUGGAGAAACUCAGAUCAUGUUAUGGUUUGCCGCAUCAUUCUGUGGUGUUCCAUCAGCUCGAUGUUGUCCAUCCAUCCUCUGUUUCUUCCCUCCUCCAAUUCGUCAAAAUCAACUUUGGCAAGCUUGACAUUUUGGUAAAUAAUGCAGGAGUUGUUGGAGUUGUUGCAGAUGAAAAUGCUUUAAAAGCUUCGGCGGGAGGUAAAUUAAAUUGGAAAGGUAUACUUACUCAGAAUUAUGAGUUGACUGAAGAAUGCUUUGAGAUAAAUUACUAUGGCACAAAGAGAAUGGUGGAAGCAUUUCUUCCUCUCCUCCAACUGUCCAAGUCUCCCAGAAUUGUAAAUCUCAGCUCGAGUUGGGCCAAAUUGGAGAAUAUUGGGAAUAAAAGGGCGAAAAGGGUUUUGAGCAACGUUGAAGGUGAGGCAGUUGAGGUGGAUGAAGUGGUGAGUGAGUACCUAGAGGACUUCAGAAAGGGGGCAGCGGCGAUGCAAGAAAAGGGGUGGCCUUCUUUCAUGUCGGCCUAUGCCGUCUCCAAAGCAGCCAUGAAUGCGUAUUCAAGAAUCAUAGCGCACAACUUCCCUUCCUGUCAAGUCAACUGCGUCCACCCCGGCUAUGUCAAGACGGACAUCACCUACCAAACUGGGGACAUCACCGCCCAAGAAGGUGCCUCCGCUGUUGUGCGGGUAGCUCUGCAGCCCGAAGAUGGACCUUCCGGCGUUUUCUUUGAUCGCCAACAACUUAUUUCAUUUUAAUAAUAUAUUAAAUUAUUAUUAUUAAUAUUAAUAUAUAUUAAUAAUUAUAAUAAUAAUAAUCAUGUAAUGGAGAUGAUGGUGAUGAUGACCAUAAUAAUACAUUAUUAAUAAUAUAAUAGAUGCACUACUAAUGUUUUAUUGUAUCGGCCGCUUAGAAUCGAGUUUCUCUGUGAAAGCUAACGUACAAAUCACUUCGACAUGAGAGCCAAGUGGAAGAAGAAGCGUAUGAGGAGGCUCAAGAGGAAGGGCCGAAAGAUGAGACAGAGAUCCAAGUAGAUUUACGUCUUCGAUCUCAUAUCAUCUGCAUCUUACACUGAUCUCUGAUCUGUUGCUUCUCUAUUUCCCUUCUCAAUGUUUCAAUUACUUCUGUUUUAUAGGAUUAUCGACAUUCCAAAUUUCGACUAUAUAAUGAAAUUACUCUUUGAUGUUUCAUUAAAAAAACUCAUGUUUAUGUACUUUGGCUAUGUAUCGGUCUUAUUUAUGGCAA